AAUUGGCGCGUAACCUCAAAAAGUUUUGGUAAACAAUGUUUGGUAUUUGGCGUAAUAAAUUAAAAGUGCUCAAUAAAAUAUUAUAAAAAUGGACUGGAUACACUGUAAUAAGUGUUUCUCACAGCUUGAACCAGGAAUCACACUUCAUUUAACAUCAUGCGGACACAUGUUUUGCAACAAUUGUUUGGACAAUGGGCCAAAAGAAUCAACAUGUAUUGUAUGUCGUCUACCAUGUUCUGUUAUGAAACUUGUUCCCGAAAUGAAGCCAGAAAUCCAAGAUUAUUUCACAGACCCGGAGGAAAUAAUUAAAAAGACUUGCGAAGUUUUGCAGUUUCAAAGACAACAUAGACGGAGAUUGCUUUCCUACUUGCUGCAGUCUACGAAAAAGUUUCACACAGCCAGAACCGAACUAAAGCGGAUGACGGAACUGUGCCAGAAGCAACACAAGCAACUAAAGGAGUACCAGAAAGUUGUGAAGAACUUGGAGGCUCAACUAGCGAACCAGUCAAAGCAAGCCUCCCCAUUCAACAUCCCGAUCUCCCCUGGUUCGAACAUCUCGCCCAGCUUCAUACAAUCCUCGCCUUGCUACAAGAGGCCAGCCAAAAGCACUCCUUACAAUUGUUAUCAGUCGGCCCUCGUGACCCCCGCCCGAGUGACCAAGCAACGGUCCGCUUGCUUCAGCGGUCAGAGUCAGAAGUCGAACACGUCGAACAAGAUAUCGUCGACCGUGUUCACUCCGCCGACGCCCGACUCGGCCGGGUACAGCAACUUUUUAAAGCACCUGUCCUCUAGCAGCGAGUCUGGGUAUCAAACCAAUGGUUCUAACUCACCGAUUUUGUACUGCAAUGGCUAUGGAAAGUGCUCGUUCAAGAGAAGAAAGAAUCCCUUUUUGUUUGAUUAUUAAGUUAAUUUUGUCUUGAUUUUAUUUUAUUAAUUUGACUUUUUCGUAAUUCUUGCAUGUAAUUCUAAUAAUCG